CUUCCAAUCACUGUAGCGUCCCAUUCUGGCAACAUGGCGGCGACAGAGGAUACGGUUGCCGGCGCUGGAUGGAUCUCUGACGAUUCGAGCUUCUAUGGUGAUGAGAAUGAACAAGAGUACCAGGAGUCGCUCAGCAACCAAAACACCCCAAAGGCUUUCUGGUUAUCCCACAGUAAGGACUUGAAUGCUAUUGUAUCACCCACAAAGCUCCAGGCUGUAAAGAAAAUUACCUCUGAUUUCGACGCCACGCCCACCAAGAAGCCCAUGCCGCUCACUACCUCAACACGUGCUAACAAACUCCCCGGUUUCUCUGGUCUCGACAGGAAGACCAUGGAAGAAGAACGUCUCGCCCGUCCAUGCAAAGGCAAGCGCAAACGCGACAUCUCGCCAGAACCAACACUACGUCGCGAACUCUUCAACCCGAUGCAAGGUCAGCCAUUUUGCUGGCAGCUAGGCGAGACUGCUGACGCAUUCGUCAAACGCGUCCCUCCUCUCAGCACAUCAGCCUUGACCUGCGAGUGGAUCUGGGCAGUGAAUCCGUACCGUGAUCCUCGCGAUAAGUCUGCAGCUCCCCGCAUUGCCGCAUUUAGAGACCGUGGUGCGAAGCUGCUUACAGAGUCGUUGGCGAAGCGGGAUGAAAUCCAGGUUAAGGGUCGACUGGGCCCACGGAGCACUGUCACACGAGCUUGGAAUCAGGAGGCCAAAGCUUUGCAGCAGAGUCUGACCAAACUUGCGGUCGAGAUGGGUGUCUUGUCGGGGAAGUGGAUGCUGUUUCCGAAAGAACAGAGUGUCAAUCGAAGCUGGAAAACUGUCGUGGAAGCCACUAUUACCGACCGCCUCGGACCGAUGGCAAAGGUCGCUCCUGAUGACGGCAAAGACGAACGACUGAUCUGUAUCUAUACCAAAGACUUCAGAGACGAGGACGAUGUACUCCGCGUACUCAAGGAGCUUGAGAACCUGGACCUUCUCAGUCAUGGGCGAAACAUCUACUACAAGGCUGAUGCUUUCACGCAUCUGGACCUUUACUCAGCGACUGCUGACAAAUAUGGGCUACAAGCAAGUAUGCACAACAGCUCGAGAAUGCUGGCCGCAGCUCGAACUGCUGAACUGUCUGCAUCUCAGAACACCGCAUCACAGCAGGAGUGUCGGAUACUUCAGAACUUCUACCAGACAUGAUACGUCCCUCACGCAGCAAGGGCGGGCAUCAUUGUGACGCAUUCGCCGGCGCCCGAUGUGCGCUCUACGAUAUAAUGCAGGCAAUGCGAUUUCUUCAAGGUCUUUCGGAAGCUCUGUACUGUCACUUCCAGUAUCUCAUCAAAUUACAUAUUUUGACCGCGC